AAAAUUAUGCAAGUCUCCAUCGUAAAUGAGCACAAAUAUCGAGAGCUCGAGCCGCUUAACGAGAUGCUCGUAAAACGGGGCGGAGUCAAGAUGAUCCCGGAGCCAAAGUUUGUUAUCAGUGGAUUGGUGGAUAACGAGGAAUAUGUGAUAAAGUUGAGGAUUGAUUUGGCCGAUGAGUUUAGAUACUCAUACCAAAACCAGCAAUGGACGCCAUUUGCUCCCUCAACCAAAAACUCGAAGCUAUCGGCAAUCACUGAAACCGAGCAUAGAAAGGAAACCGGUGCCACGUGGAAUAUGCGUAUUGUUCAGUUUGACAAGUUGCUCAUCACACGUGAAUUCAAUGAUAUUCAGCGAAAUGUGAUCCACGUGGAGCCGAAUCACAAGUACAUUCCCGUCCUGACCAUCCAAAACGUCACCACAGGAAAAUCGACGGAAUUCCAGUUCCAACAAAUGGAAUUCAUCGCCGUCAAGUCCUACCAAUCGGCGCGAAUUCGCCACACAAAACGUGCACCGCGAAAGAUGAAUCUUGCUCCGGGUAGUUCGCAGAAGCCACAACUCAUUGUACCGGACAUUCUCCACUCGCCCACCUAUGGCUUCACCGCGGCGCCACCACCGUUCCCGUUCGAGUACUGGCUUUUGUACCCACAAAUUCAAUAUCAGAUUCAGCAGCUCGCGUACUCACUUCCAAUGGGACCACCGAUGGUUCCAAUUCACCAUAUUCAAUGCACUGAGGCUUCUCAGCGUGUCUAUGCUCCAGAGUACGGAUGGAAUUCGAUUCUUAUGCCGGGAGCUCACAAAGAGCAAGAUGAUCAUUACAUGUUUCACCAUGAAAUUUGGGCACCGCAGGACCACGAACUCGAGAAGCUGCAUGUGCUCACUGAACAGAAAAAUAAGCCCUCGGAGACGCCACAAUAGAUGGGACCGGACAAUUUUACUCAUAAAAUAUUCGAGAUAAAUGUUUUUG